CGCGCCGUGGCUCAUAUACUGGAGCAGUGCGACACCACAUAGGGAAAGACGCAUAAUAUUAAACAGGAUUUUUACACGUUGUGAUGUUGCAAUCUUAAUUUUAACGCUAUGAUGCAGUGACAGUGGAUUUUUGGGGGUCGAUUUUUAAAAAAACAAAUAAAUGCGCUUGGAGUAAUGUGCUCCUAGGACUAUGGCACCAUCGGGAACGCGAAUAAAACGUGGUUGUCAGAGAGUUUUGUACUGGAUUCCGGUCCUGUUCAUUGCCGUGAUAGUGGCAUGGUCAUACUACGCCUAUGUUUUGCAACUGUGCAUAGAGUCCAUUGAAGACACAGGGGAAAAGGUGGUGUAUCUGCUGGUGUACCACGUGGUCUUCAUCAUGUUUGUUUGGGCGUACUGGCAAACCAUCUUCACCCAGCCCAUGAACCCACUCAAAGAGUUCCACCUGUCGUACUUGGACAAAGAGCUGCUGGAGCGUGACGACCGAGGGGAGUCCCAGCAGGAAAUCCUCCGCAGGAUCGCUAAAGACCUGCCUAUCUACACACGCACCAACUCUGGAGCGAUUCGUUUCUGUGACCGGUGUCAGCUGGUGAAGCCUGAUCGAUGUCACCACUGUUCAGUUUGUGAUAAGUGUAUUCUGAAGAUGGAUCACCACUGCCCCUGGGUGAACAACUGUGUGGGCUUCUCCAAUUAUAAGUUCUUCAUGUUGUUUCUGUUGUAUUCGCUGCUCUACUGCCUCUUCAUCACCGCCACAGACCUCAAGUACUUCAUCAGGUUCUGGCUGAAUGGGCUCCCGGACACUCAGGCUAAGUUCCACAUCCUCUUCCUGUUCUUCUCUGCGUCCAUGUUUUCUGUGAGUCUGGCCUCGCUCUUCAUCUAUCACUGCUGGCUCGUGUGCAAGAACCGCUCCACUCUGGAGGCAGUCCGAGCCCCAGUUUUCCGUCACGGCACAGACAAAAGCGGCUUCAGUCUCGGCUGCAGCAAAAACUUCCGUCAGGUAUUUGGAGACGAAGUGAAGUACUGGCCUGUCCCUGUCUUCUCCAGUUUAGGAGAUGGAUGUUCUUUCCCCACUUGUUUGGUGAAUCUUGACCCUGAGCAGCCACCGUCCCCCAUUGGCCCCAUCCCGACCACAAAGAGUGCAGCAGAGGGGCGCCAGUUCCCCUCCAAACCUCUGAGAGAGUCCCAGAGCCGACUGCUCACCACCGCCCCCUCCUGGUCUGACAGUGAAGGCACAGCUGAAAAAGACAAGAAAGGUGCUAGUAAUCCAAUAAUGAUAAUUGAACAUGAGGCGUGACUGAAGAAAUAGCUCCGAUUCUAAAGGUCACCCUCUUUUGAGUUUGUGCCUGAAUAUUACGACCUUGAAGACUGGACUUAUAUUUUACUCCAUCUGUUUGGAUAGGGCUGUCUAUACAACCAACACAAAAACUACUAGACCAUGACAACUACUUUAAAUAUAUUAAUUUUACGCUGAAAAAAAUGAAGGACAUUUCAUUCAUUUUGUCUGAAAAGCACAGAGUUGGAGAAAGAGUGUUUAAAAAAAAUGACAUAUAUCUUAUUAUUAUUUUUAUGUUGUAUCUCAAUUGUAGAGCGUAGAAAGAGUUGCCAAACAUGAGUAGUGUUCAGAUCAACUGUAUGUUAAUGUGAGACUGUUUAGCCAUUUUUAUAUCAAACAAACAAAAGGACUGUUGCAUGCCUCAUCUCAGGAUGUGUGUCUUAGUGAAUUGUACCUUUUUUCUUGCCUGACCA